AGAGCUCACUGAUCGUGUCCUUCAUCAUGACCAUCAUUACCAGCAUCUCUCUGCUCCAGCUGGCCUCUCUGCUGCCACACCUGACCUUCACUGCUCAUGUGAAUGUGGGUAUAGUGAACGGCACAGUGGCCGAAGCCCACUCCAGACCUUACAUGGUUUCUAUUCAGAAGAACAGACAACAUAUCUGCGGUGGAUUCCUCAUUUCUGAUCAGUUUGUCUUGACUGCUGCACAUUGCCAUAUGAAAGAUGAAGAACUGACAGCUGUGGUUGGUGCACACAACCUAAAAAAUGAGAAUGAGGGUUCAGUCCGCAUCGGAGUUAAGUCCAACAUCAAGAAGCAUGACAUUAUGCUUUUGCAGCUACAGAAAAAAAUCACACGAAGCGAAAAUGUAAAUUGGAUAUUAUUACCAAAGAAACAAAACAAAGCAAAAAAAAAACAUAAAAAAAUCCCCAACAAAGAUCCUGAUUGUAGUGUUGCGGGCUGGGGAAGUCUGUACAUGAACGGUCCAGGGAGUGAUUGUCUAAUGGAGGCCAAAGUGAAUAUAUUGGAUCACGCAACAUGUAAAAACCAAUGGAGAAAAUUAUGCUCACAGAUGAUAUGUGCAUAUGGCCAUGGUGGAUCCUGUGAAGGGGAUUCAGGAGGUCCUUUGGUUUGUGGAGACACUGCAGUUGGUGUCACAUCUUUUGGUGACGCUAAAAACUGUAAUUCACUUAACUAUCCUAAUGUGUAUACUAAGAUUUCAUCAUAUCUCCAAUGGAUACAUAAAAACAUGAAACAAUUUUAAGUUACUUUAUUGAAAAUAAAAAAAGGAAAGGUUUUUCCUGAAUUCUUCCAAAAAUACAACUUUUAUCAUUA